AUGAACCCCCCGCGGUCGAUCCCGCGAUGUGCCGCCGCUCUGCCCAGGCCCGUGCGGCCCGCAGGCGCCCACUCGAGCCGCUCGUCACGGUGCUUCCGGUCCCUGCGGCCCAACGUGGCGUGCUGCUCCUCUCCGCCGAAGAGCAACAAGGGGGAGGUGGGCGAGGCAGACAACCCCAGCGAGAAGGACCGGGUCGAGGGGGUUGACGAGAGGGUCGAGGAGGAAGACGGCAACCAGGAGAAGCAGGGCGAGGGCGAGGCCGCGGGGGCCGGGGCCACCUCGGCUGAGGACGCGCCAUCCGAGCGCGCACCUGCGCCGGAGCCCGCGGUCAAGUCCGAGUACGACCUGCGCGUCGAGGAGAUCCCAGCGUGGUGGCCGGAGUGGGCGCCGACGUGGCUGUACCUGUCCAAGGACGACGUGAUCACGGUCGGAAUCGCGCUCACGGUGUCGUACGUGAUCCGCGCGACCAUCGCGGAGCCCCGCUUCAUCCCCUCGCUCUCCAUGUUCCCCACGUUUGACGUCGGCGACAGGCUGGUCGCGGAGAAGAUCACGUUCAGGAAGCGGGCGCCCGAGGCCGGCGACAUCGUGAUCUUCAGGCCGCCCUUCGCCAAGCAGAGGGCCGUCGGGGAGGACAUUUUCAUCAAGCGCGUUGUGGCCGUGGCGGGGGACAGGGUGGAGGUGCGCGACGGGAAGCUGAUCGUGAACGGGAAGCGGCGAGUGGAGCCGUACAUCAACGAGGAGCCCAAGUACACGCUGGGCCCGCUCACGGUGCCCGAGGGCAACGUGAUGGUGCUGGGAGACAACCGGAACAACUCGUACGACUCGCACGCGUGGGGGCCGCUGCCGGUCGAGAACAUCAAGGGGCGCGCGGUGUGCAAGUACUGGCCGCCAACGAAGUGGUUCGACGACCUGUCGUACACGGGCACCGAGGUGGAGCUCGAAGACACCGGGAAGGGUCUUGGGGCCAAGAUUGCGGCACCAGUGAUGUGGCUGUUCGGAGCGGGCGGGGCGCAGGCGCCGCCGCUGCAUGUGAAGUGA